CCCUAACCCCUCCACUGUCCCAGCCGCCGCCGCCGCCGCCUCCUCCUCUCGACUGCUCCCGUCCUCUCCUUCUUCGAGGCUGCUAGUUCCCUCCUUAUUCAGCCAUGGGUAAGGAGAAGACGCACAUCAACAUUGUGGUCAUUGGCCACGUCGACUCCGGCAAGUCGACCACCACAGGACACCUGAUCUACAAGCUUGGAGGCAUCGACAAGCGUGUGAUCGAGAGGUUCGAGAAGGAAGCCGCCGAGAUGAACAAGAGGUCGUUCAAGUACGCGUGGGUGCUUGACAAGCUCAAGGCCGAGCGUGAGAGAGGUAUCACCAUCGAUAUUGCCCUGUGGAAGUUCGAGACCACCAAGUACUACUGCACUGUCAUCGAUGCCCCUGGACACCGUGACUUCAUCAAGAACAUGAUCACGGGUACCUCCCAGGCUGACUGUGCCGUGCUCAUCAUCGACUCCACCACCGGUGGUUUUGAGGCUGGUAUCUCCAAGGAUGGCCAGACCCGUGAGCAUGCCCUUCUUGCUUUCACUCUUGGAGUGAAGCAGAUGAUCUGCUGCUGCAACAAGAUGGAUGCCACCACCCCUAAGUACUCCAAGGCCCGUUAUGAUGAAAUCGUGAAGGAAGUCUCUUCCUACCUCAAGAAGGUUGGCUACAACCCUGACAAGAUUCCUUUCGUUCCCAUCUCUGGGUUCGAGGGUGACAACAUGAUUGAGAGGUCGACCAACCUUGACUGGUACAAGGGCCCUACUUUGCUUGAGGCUCUCGACCAGAUCAAUGAGCCCAAGAGGCCUUCAGACAAGCCCCUGCGUCUUCCCCUUCAGGACGUGUACAAGAUCGGUGGUAUCGGUACCGUGCCUGUGGGUCGUGUUGAGACUGGUGUCCUGAAGCCUGGUAUGGUGGUGACCUUUGGUCCCAGCGGCCUGACCACUGAGGUCAAGUCAGUUGAGAUGCACCACGAGGCCCUCCAGGAGGCUCUUCCUGGUGAUAACGUAGGGUUCAAUGUCAAGAACGUUGCCGUGAAGGAUCUGAAGCGUGGGUACGUGGCCUCCAACUCGAAGGAUGACCCUGCCAAGGAGGCUGCCAGCUUCACCUCCCAGGUCAUCAUCAUGAAUCACCCUGGGCAGAUUGGCAACGGCUAUGCCCCAGUGCUGGACUGCCACACCUCCCACAUUGCCGUCAAGUUUGCUGAGCUUGUGACCAAGAUUGACAGACGAUCUGGCAAGGAGCUCGAGAAGGAGCCCAAGUUCCUCAAGAACGGUGAUGCUGGUAUGGUUAAGAUGAUUCCCACCAAGCCCAUGGUUGUGGAGACCUUCUCUGAGUACCCUCCUCUCGGUCGUUUUGCUGUGCGUGACAUGAGGCAAACGGUGGCUGUCGGUGUCAUCAAGAACGUCGAGAAGAAGGACCCCACCGGUGCCAAGGUGACCAAGGCUGCUGCCAAGAAGAAAUGAGCCUCAGCCUCGUUGAAGUGGUGGCUCCCCUAUCGGCAUUUGAUAUAUCUAGCUGAUUUAGUGUUCGUUAAGUUUUGUCCACGGCCGUGGCACUUGUUGCCAGGACCGUUAAUAUCUGCUCGCACUGUGCACUAUUAUGUCAGUUGUUUAAAACUCUCGUUUGUUUCUGUUCGGUUAAAACUCAUGUUCUGAGUCUGGUAUUAUCCUUUCUUCGGCUGUGGAAUGCGAGUAUUUACAUUGUUAAUUCCCAUGUCUU